CCGGAUGGUGGAUGCCUGAAAUGCAAGGGCGACCACUGGCUUGUGAGAUGCCCAGUUGCAACACACGAGGAGAAGACGAACCUGCUCCGACAGCAGCACGAGCGCCGCAAUUGUGAGAAGGACGAACGGAAGAAGACCGCUGAAGCCCAUCAAGGAGUUCUUACCUGGACCUGUGAAGCGGGCGAGCUAAACGGAGUGCACUCAAUGCCCUAUUGCGUUGAUUCGGGGGCUGAUAUUAGCGUCAUCAGUAAGACAAAGCUCGCUGAACUGAUGGCGAAGGAUUCAGUAGUACGACCGGUUGAACUUAAUGAGGAGGUGGACGUGAAGACUGCAGGUGGACAUUUUCUCCGCGCUAAAGAUUACGUUGAAGUGAGGUUGCAGAAUAAUACAGCGGCAUAUCCUGUUUGCCUCACGACGCCGGUGAAGUGUUUGAUUAUUGACGAAGAAGAAAAUGAGUUCAUCAAUGGCAAGGAUGUAUUAGCUACACUAGGAAUUGACGUGGAUCUUCAGAUCGAGCAGCUC